AACUCAAGAUCUUAUCCGAUAAUGUUGGCCAGCUCGCAAGUAAAGUCGCCGGUGUAUGUGGCAUUCGUGGCAUUGGUGCUACUGGGCGCCACCUUACAGCAGUGCCAGGCCGAAGCGUCAGAGUUUGAGACUAAUGGACGUAUUAAUAAGCGUGGUCCUACCGUUGGUCUGUUUGCGUUUCCUCGCGUCGGACGGAGCGAUCCGGAGAUGACUCUCGACUGGGAAUCGUCCGCCAUGCUACCAUUGGAGACUGGCGAAGAUUACGAAGAUUACCCAAUGAAGGAGAUGAAGCGACAGGGUUUGGUACCUUUCCCGCGCGUAGGCCGCUCGGGUAAGUCGGAGUUGGCGAUGGCCGCCGCCCGUUACUGGCAGGCUGCCCACAACCUUCAGCAGCAGCAGCAGAGCAUCGUCAAGCGUGCCGGAGGUUCGGGAGCAAACAGUGGCAUGUGGUUCGGACCGCGGCUGGGCAAACGAGGACGCUUCGGUGCCGUACCGGUGUCGAGCGGUAGCAGCGAACAGCAGCUGGUAAAAGGUGAACAGUUGUAA